AUGAAUUCUCGCCAGAUAAAACUUACAGUUUCCUAUCUUUCAAUCCUUCUAAUAUCUUGUGUUUCUGGCACUCAUUAUCUCUUCUCAGUAUACAGUAUCUCUAUACAAGAAAGGUUAAACUUUAGUUCUGUACAAAUAAACACUAUUGGAAGUGCUUGUAAUUAUGGUGUAUUUCUGGGUAAACCAGUUCUCGGUUAUUUUGUUGACAAUUAUGGUGCUAGAAGAGUAUGCUUUGCCGCAUCAAUUCUAAUUUUUGCCGGAUUUUCCUGUCUUGCAUUGACUUAUGAAAAAAUUUUUCCAACAUCAUUUCUCUUAUGCGCUUUUUAUUUAUUUUGGACCGGAGUUGCCUCAUCUGGAGGGGCGGUUUCAUUUCUCACAACAACUGCAAAAAAUUUUUCUUCGAAUCGAGGUACUGCAAUAAGUAUCCCACUCGCCUUACUUGGCCUCUCUGCAUUUAUAUAUUCUCAAAUAAACAUGCACUUUUUCGACGAUACCUUCCAUUUUCUGCUAUUCAUUGCUUUCACGGCUGGAUUAUGUAUGUCUUUUGGUAGUUUGUUUUUGGUUGUUAUACCAGCUCCUCAACACGUAUCCGAUACCAUUGAAUCGGGCAGCAAUGAUUCAAUCUCCAGAGAUGAUCAGCGAAUUGAGCAAACUCCUCUACUUAAUAAAAAUAAUUCUAAUACUAUAAAUAGAGAUCAAAUCGAGCUAGAUAUAGGAGGGUGGCAAUUACUUCGUAAUAAAGAUGCCAUCUCAAUGAUUCUUAUUUUAGUAUUUUUUGCUGGAACUGGGUUAAUGUACAUAAAUAACGUCGGUAUAAUAAUUGAAUCCCUUUAUCACGCCUCCGCAACUCCUCAUUCCGAUGCCAAAAUUAAAAACCUCCUAGGCUUUCACGUUUCACUCAUUUCAAUAUGUUCAUGUAUAGGAAGAAUUCUCAUAGGUCCUCUCUCUGAUAUUGCAAAGAAUUAUUUCGAUCUAUCUAGGAUUUGCUCUUUGUUAUUUGCUGGUGUUUGGUUAUUCUGUGGAAAUUUAUUGGCCCUUUUGUGGGUUCAUGACAUAGAUCAGCUAUGGAUAGUAUCAACUUGUAUCGGUCUUGGCUUUGGAGUUUUGUACGGUGUUGCUCCAACUACUUGUAGCGAGUAUUUUGGUUCUAGACACUUUGGCUUUAACUGGUUAGUUUUUAAAUCUUUAAAUUUGAUGUGA